AAGAAUUAAACGUGCCAACGGCACCCUCACCAACCCAACAAGACGAACCCGCAGCGACAAGCGCACCCACGCCAGCAGUACCUCUGGGCGAGGUGCCCGUUGUGCCCUUGGGCAGCAAUGAUAGUACCGUCCCUCCACCAAGCAAUGAGGUGGUAGGUACCAGUGGGGAUGUAGACGCGAGUGUAGGUACGGCUGAGGUAGAUAGCGCGGCCCAGUCGGGAGGGCAGGAGACGACGGAAACUAACGAUAACGGAGGUGAAGAAGGAGUAGAAGAAGUCGAAGAAGAAGAGGAGGAGGCGGAUGAUGGAGGCGAGGAAUAUGAUGAUUCUUCAGACGAAGACAUUGAGAUCACAUUGUCAGCCCCUCCAAAGGAAGCGAGCGAUGCCGCACAGACUACCGAUAAAGCGAACGAAG